GGCAGGCGGGGCCAGUGGCGGCAGUGCUGGCGCUGGCAGGCCAUGGGGGCGGCGUGGUGCAAGGGCCGAGCCGCCGCCGAGGGCGACUCCAAGUCCGCCGUGGGCCGGGUCAUCGUCCGCUGCGUGAACCAGAUGUGUCCAGCCCAGCGCACCGACCCAGCAGGCGACACCCGGCUCGAUACUCCAGCCGCCCGCCCUGACAAGGAGGAAGUUUUCCACUGGAGUAGACCGCUCCCGCCCCACGGCGCCGCCGCCAGCGGGGCCUGGCAGAGCGCAGUGCUGACGGUCCCGGAGUCUGAGCCGCCCAUGCCGCCGCCCAGGAACAAGAGGCGGCAGAGGAGGCGGCGGUCCAGCGGCCAGCCACUGGGCAGAAGCCGGAGCGUGUGCCUCGCCGGCCGCCCCCGAGCCGCCCCCGGGUCCUCGCCGCUCCGCAGGGCCGGCAGCGCCUGCGACCUGUCUGCGGCGGGCCCAGAGCUGCCCAGGUUCGUGUUCGACUUCACGAGCUACAGCGGCGCGAAGACGCCGCCCCCCUCCCCCGCGCGCGCGGUGCACGUGCCCGAGGACAUCCUGCGCGAGCUGGGGCUGCCCGCCAGCCUGCGCGAGGAGCACAAGCUGGGGCGCAGCCGCGCGAGUAGCGGCCGCUCCUCCAUGACGCCGUCCCUCAGCGAGCUGGAGGCGGCGCUCUCCGACCUGCUGGAGGCGGGGGCCGCCCGCGACGACGACGAGGAGGCGGAGCCUGUGUCCAAGGCGAGGCAUCAGCACCGCGCACCGCCCCUCAAAGAGGUGGUAGCGUAGUAGCCGCUCUUCCAAGACUUCGUUCCUAAGCGAGCUGGAGGCGGGUGCCACACGUGAUGACGAAGAGUGGAGGCAUCAGCACCGCGCUGCUUCUCCCAGAGAGGUGACAGCGUAGCGGCCUCUCUUCCUCAAGGAGCUGGGGUGGCACUUCCUGCCUGGUCGGAGGUUGCACCCUGGCUGUGAGGAAGACAAGAACGCGGGGCACUGCCACCAUGGUCCAGCCCUCGUACACCUCGUACAAGAUUUUUAUUUGUGCCCUCGGUAGUUUUGGUCUGACUUCUUUAGUUUGUUCUAGCACAGAAGCCAAACAUCUUAAAAAUAAUCCAAAUGGCGAAAUAUAGUUUAUUCCCACUUAGAUUCGUCUUUGAUGUAACACUUUCUUCAAAAUAUAUUAAGUUAAAUAUAAAUUAUAAUGACUCCUCAACAGUCCACUAGAAAGAUGUCAUUUUUAUAAUGCGUAUUAUUUUGACUAUAGCUUUAUAUUCAGCACAAUAGUGUGCGAAGAAUACUAUUUACAAUAACUCGGAGUUUGAAGUACCGUAUUAACCCGAAAUUAAUGCGACUGUGAAUAUAAUGCGACUCCAAACGGUUUGAUCAUGAGUGUGUGAAGAAGACUUUAUGGAUCAAAUUUAUUCCUUAUUUAAAAGUCCCUUUUGGUGCCACGUUCGUCAGUAGAGUGAUUUAAAUGGUCUCUUUUGAACACCAAACCGCAGUUAAAAAAAUAUUGUUUUAUUACUGUAAUUCAAAAGGGGCUGCUCAGAAUAUGGUGUGUACGCAGGUCGUCUGGGAAGGUGAAACAGAGGUGGAGGAUGCCUUCGCCAGCAGCCUCAGUGAACAGAAGCAGACAGAAACCAGUGACAAACUCCAUUAGCUCCCUCUCCUUCAUCCUGCUUCUCUCAUCUGUCACACCUGUGCAGAGGUUCAGGAAGGUCCAGACUAAAGUAAUAUAAGUGAUGCAGUUUACAGACAGAGCAUGCAUUUUUUGAACUAAGCUCUUCCCAAUGGAAUGAUACAAGUUUGUGAUUUUAAUGUGACCCCCACUUUUAGUUUCAAUAGUUUAGGCAAAAAUCAUAGCGUUAUAUUAAGGUAAAUACCGUAUAUAAAAACAGAAUUUUGCCACAACAUGGGUUCAAAUAAAAAAAAAACUCUUAUAUCUUUUUCUUCACUAAAAAUGAUGUCAUAAAAAUUGUUAUUUAUAUAAAAAUUUAAAACUGAGAUGCCAUAUACCUACUAAUUUAUAGUGCUCUAGUUUUGGAGGAGUUUUCCAGCAUCUUUGCAUUCUGUAUUGAUAUAUUGCAUCAUACAUUAAAGUUGGCCAUUGUUAGGCUUUGUGAACAGGCCCAUAAUUAUUAUACCUCAAAAUUCAAUCCUCAUUGCACUAGUGAUGGAUUUAGCAGAGGAAUUUAUUCCUGCUUGCCUAUCCAAAUAAAGUUUUUAUAAAAUUAUUGCCCAAAAUUGAGCUACUUGGCACCUAACUCUUCAACAGCUCAUUUAUGGUGAUGGCGAUUCUUGGCAAAUGGUUUCAUCGAAUUCUAAAAGAGGGGCAGGAAUAUAGACACUCUAGGCCAAAGUAGCCAACCUGUUAUCAUAGAAGCCAUCAACAAAUCCAAACAAAUGAGCAUGCAAUAUUAUUGUAAGGUGUUUGACGUAUAAACUACAAACUCUUCCGCACUACCUUUACCCUGACUAUAUGCUAUUGUUGUUUGUGAUAGAUCUUGGUUACAAGCAACUGAGCUCACUUCAGUAAAAUCACAGUCUCAUCCAAGUAAUUGAAAAGUAUAUUUACCACGGCUCUAGUACGAUGAUCUAGCCACAUGGUCAGUGCCACCAACCUGACGACGACAGGCAGUGUGUGCUUCUUGGAGUUGCCUAUGUAACGAAAGAAUUAUAUAAUAUAUUUUAUCUUUUUUAUUGGAUUUUAAAAAUAAAGUACCACUUGCCAUAAUAAUAUAAAUAAAAAAUUUAACAAACAAUCUCUCAGAAUACCAUGCAAAUCUCCAGAGAAGGAUCUUCUACAACAUACACAUACACCAACAUUAAUUAAUAAUUAAAAAUGAGAUUUUUCAGCACAUGAAUUUUUCUUAAAACUUAAAUUCUUAAAGUAAUGUGUAGUAAUAAAAAACUACAUGAAUGGUGAAAAUAUUCAUAACGAAUAAACAAUAUUCAUUGUUUUGUGCGAUUGCUAUACAUACAUUUAAGUUUUGAACAUAAUAUAGAUUUUUAUUUUGUUUGCUUUCUCUAAUGAAUAUCUACAAAUAUUAGUAUUUAAUUAUAUUUCACAUAUAUUUGUUUGUAUCUUGUCUUGUUACUCUCCAGGUUAUAAAUAUUAUUUAUCAGUUUAUGAUAAGUAAUAUUGUAUUAUUUUUUUAUUGAAGUGAAAACACUUUCGCUCCUAUUGUACCCAAACGUGUACAUGAUUUAAACCAUAGUUAUUUUAACGUGUCCUCGUACACCACACGAAAUGUCCACAUACAGUUACUUGUAGGAGACUGCUGUACCUGUAGGGACUAUCAGUUGAUGGCUGAUAUCACAUCUAAGUUUGCGUCACUGGUCUAGCUUCAUGACUGGCACUGACAGGUAAGUAGACUCAGCAGCUCAGAGUUCUUUUCAAGCUGGGCUUCGUAGCCUUGGGAAUGGAAGGGGGGGGGGGGGAAAGUUAAGUGAAACAAUUACAAAACUGACCAGUGACAAUAAAAGUAAUCGCUACAAAAUGCUUGUUAUUUUUGGGUAGCGGAAGCAAAUGUCGUAAAUGCAGUAACACACUUUUUUUUCUUCCUGAUGAGGUAAAAUGAAGACUAAAAAUUUUACUGUUGAAAAUCCACAGGUUUCUGUCCCUGGUUGAGUUGUAGUUUCCGAGUGUACUUGAGUGAAUCCUUAGGUUAGUAUAGUCAUUCUGUAAGUGCCUUAGUGUCGGUUUUAAGCCCCGCCUCAGCAGGCUGAAGGAGGUUUUCGAAAGGAACUCCUUGUGUUGUAUCCAAGUGGCUGAGAUACAACCUGGCCCCGAUUUUCAAACGGGCCAACCGUGUAUUUGCUCAGAGCGCCAGUUCUUGAGGAGUGGAAGAAUGUGAGGUGCGAAAAAAUAUUGAAGGAAGGGAAAAAUAAGUUUGUAACGUUCGGUAGUGACUUAUUUAAAAAAAAAGUAAGCGAGGCAUUCAGUACUUGUCAUUGAUGUGUAAACAUCUAACCUCGGUAUGAAGAAGAUUAAUGUGUUCUCAUGUUGCAAAUAAUACAAAACUUUGACACGAAAAUAACGUAGAAUACUUAAAAAUAAUGCCUAACGUUAUAUAUAUAUACAGCCUAUUCAAAAAUUAAUCAUUUUAAGAAAAAAAAGUUAAAACAUUUCCCUCUUUUUUUAAAAAAUCUAACUAUUAUUCUGUUUAACAAGAUAGGUUAGGCUAGGCUAAUUUCUUUAUUUCCUACAAUUUUUCCCAAAGUAGAUCCAUUUGAUGGACAUAGGGUAGUAUCGGAACAGUUAUGUUGUAGUUCGUUGGCUGGUGUAGGCAGAGUGCCUUAAAAGACAAAAUGUAAAGUUAAAGGACUCGUUGAAAUUUUUUCUGAGAUUAUAUUGUUUUUGCGUUCAUAAGAGUAUUUAAUUCCUCGUUGUCAUGGUGGCGGAGCGGGUACAGGCGUAUGUUUUGGUUUGGACUAUAAUUGUAGUUUAGCACCAUCGAGCGGGGUUGGUACUUUGAUGGGUGACCACGAUUAUAUAUAUAUAUAUAUAUAUAUAUACACACACACACACACACACACACACAUACACAUGCAUGAAUCAUGUGGGUCCGCCAUCUUUUCCUCACAGACGCAGAACCGUGGUUACGCAUUUCCGUUUCAUAUUUACGAAAUUUCUCCUAACAAAUGCCGUAUACCGAGAGAAAAGAUGUUUACACAUAGACAAAUAUGUCAAAUUACAGUAGUUGUAACAGCCGUAUGAAACUAAAACAACCCUAAAUAAAAUUUAAAAAGGAAAAUAAGCCAGUUUUUGUCUAUGAAAAACCUUAGUUUUUAGUUUCAUAAUGUGCUGUUUCAAAGCAGAUAAUAAAUAAGCUUGAAUUUAGACAAUUUUAUGAUUGAGGGAACUGGGAAAGGAAGAUGAUCUGCCCAGAGCGCUAGCUGCCUGAAGUCGGGGCCUGGUACAACUCCGCGACGAGUACCGCUGGUGUGCUGGUCACGUCCAGGAAGCUCGCAGCCAGAGUACUGUGACCUGCGCGAGCAUUUGUUUCUGUAUAUGCACAUACUUUUGAUUAUGUAUAUAUAUAUAUUAUAUAUGUUAUGUAAGGACUGUGUACAAAUAAACUGGUUUUAUCAUGUUGAAA